AUGGAAAAGUCAAUUUUUUUACUCGUUGUUGCUUAUUUUGCCUUAGUUGCUUGUAAUAAAAGUGCUAACGAGCAAUGUCUCAAUCGCAUUUUCCCAGGCAAGAAACUUGAAGAUGUCAAAUGGGGAAAAUUAAUGGUCGAAGCUUUUGUCAAGGACAAUCGUGACUACCAAUGUUUCAUCUUAUGUGGCUUAUCAAACCUCAAUAUCUUGACGAAAAAGGGCAUUGUUGAAACUAAAAAUAAUCCGCUUGCUUCUGAGCUUGGUGAUGAAAUUGCUGCAUGUUCUGCUCUUGUAGAGCAUUCUGCCGAUAAUUGUGUCAACGCCAAAAAGUUUGCCCAGUGUUUAUUCAAUGACAAAGGUCCAAUAACUGACAAAUCGGGCGCUGGCAAGAUCAUUAUGGAAGAAAAUCAGAAGUUUAAAGAAGCUGGAAAAACAAUUGAAUAUUAA